UAUAAAGAGUUAUAAGAAGACUCCUAAGAAAAACCAAAACCAUCACCUUUGUUAUCUAAGCUGUAUGGCUUUUAUGGUAUCAGUUCUGCCAUGUACAUUGCACUCAUUACUUGCAUCUUGGCCUUGGCCUCACCAUUUUGGUUUCUUUAAAGAGUGCUGGUUAAAUACUUCUCAGCUGACAAGAGUUACAUGCUUCAUUUUUUUUAAAGCUGUGCUAGAUGCUGUACAGAUGUGGAAAUGAGCAAGUACUGUGUGAGAAAGCCAGGUCUGAAGCUGUUAAUGCAUUUUUUUGUUAGGGGAGCCAGUCACAGUUAGUAAAAUUUUUGAAGAUAUCAGACAGUUCUUUUCUGGUCUUGUUUACAUGUAUUAUUAGUUAGAAUAUGUUGCCUUACAAGGCAUGCUUAAAGCAAAGAAGUCUUGUGCUAGUGUACAAGCAGCAAUGUUUCCAUCAACUGGAUGUCCCCUUAGAUAUACAAGUCCAGUUCUGAUGGAAAUACCACAAGUUCCUUAUUGGUAUCCUCCAUAAAAUCUCUUUUCAUCUUUUACUUACCCAGGGGAGAUGAAUUAAACAAAUAGUUGAUAAUAUUCUUAAUGAGUAAGGUGUCACAAAGGGUAAUUAAAGGAAAAUAUUUUGUGUUCCAAAGCUGUGGUGAUGGUUGGGAAUUAUUGCCCAAGUUCUUAAGUGUGACCUGAGGAUUAAUUUUAACCUCAGUAUGCAGGGAAAAAAUACGGAGCUAGUGCUUAUACCAUGUUUGUCCUCAAGAAAGGAUUAAUUUAGUACCAUUGCAUUUAAAAGGAAAAAAAGGAUCUGACUGAAACCAGGUGGAUGUACCAGGUUGUACUUUUAGGCAGUUGUAAAAAUGUACUGAUGGCUGGAUAUAUUGUAACAAGGUAUAUUGUAACAAGCUGUGAUACAGUGUAAUUGAGUUUUUUGAGCUUUCUCUCUGUGCAUGUGCGGUGUUAGUAUGUGUAUGAAGUACUGAAGCAUAUCAAGGUUGAAGGGGUAAUUAAGUUAGGCACAAAAACUGACUGCAAAACAGUUUGAACUGGCAAGUCUGAAGCAAUUCUAAUAAACUACCAAUUGUGGGACUGGUUAGAAGGGCUGGUUUGUUUAUGUUAUGAAAUUGAGUCUCCAAGCAGUUUCUAAUCAUGUGCAGUGAAGUUCAGGUUUCAGACUGAGUAUGAUGCUACAGGAAGCUUUCUUAAUUUGCAAACAAGUAAAUUAGGCAGGAAAAGAAUAACAUUUGUGCAUUUGAAAUGCACGCUUAGUGUUGACAGUAGGAAAGGAAGAUAAUAUAGUUGUUAACCAAUUUAUGCUUCUUAUGGGGUGAUGGACUACUUCAUUAAUAGUACUUAAAAUUCAGAUCUUGCAGGUCGGAAACUCAGUGUUUGGGAUAAGAGGCAGUAGUCUAAGAGAUGCUCAGAACUACCAAUAUUCGUGAGUUGUGCUGUUAACUUGCUUUGUUUGUAGUUAGUUGGCUUGAUGAGGCAUUAAGAAAGGACUCACACAACUAGUUCCCUUCCAUUUGCUCUACUGUUCAAUAGGAAUAUCAAUAACGUCCGCCCCAAAGUCUUAUUGGAUGCAGCCCUUGCUACCUUUUGUUUCUAUCCAUUAAAAUCCCCCUCGUGUCAUCUCAUGCAAUACAUUACUCUGCAACACGGUUUUCAACUGAGAUUCUCAUGUAGCUUGGUUAAAAUGUUAUUCAGUAAAAGAAGGUAAUGUGUCCUAGGCCUUCUGCCUCAAGGAAAUUUAAGAAAGCUUUUCUCUUUCCACCUAAGAAAGUUAUUGCCUGCUGAUUCUAGAGGUUCAACAGUGCGAGCAAUUUAUGUGACGCUAUGAAGGGAAAUGUCACUCUUUAAAGCAUAUUUUUCUGCUCUCGUAUCUUAGUGUUGUGCUGCAGUCAUAGCUGGUAAUGCAUAUGUCUAAAACCUUGGGAGAAAUUGGUUGUAAAUGUAGAUGAUCUGGUGAAGCUGUUCCUUGUAAAUGUCAUGAUUAUAUAGAAACCUGUCAGUCAUUAGAUGCUGGGAUUACAUCAAAUGCAAGUAAAUGUUCUAAAUGUGUUUUAUGCACUUCAUGUGGGAAUGUUAAAACUCCUGAAGAGUUGUAGCUUCUACAUGAAAAUGUUUGAUUUCUGUGCAUAAAUGCCCAAACCCCUGCUCUGUGACCUUAAAUGGCUCCAAAGAAGGGAAGACUUUAAGUCGACAAAUAAUAUAUGAAUCUUUUUAAUACUAUUCUGGUAUUUUCUUUAAUGAGAAAGCUGUAAGUCUUCAGUGUGUUUAGUUCCAAAACGAACUUCUCAAAGGCCUAUGAUGAGAUGGGUUCAGUGUCACCUAUGCUUCUGGAAGCCUGUCAGCAGUUUGUUGCUGGGUUUCUUUUUCCCCACGCUGCUCUAGAGCAGGUAAAAGUGCACUUCAGCAGAAGAGUCUAAGCAGCAUGGGUGGCUGGUGUGGAUUUACUGCAAGCAUUCGUAUCAUUUACAGCUUCAGCACUGCCAUUUUUCAGUGGUUGUAUGUAGAAUCUUUUUUUUUGUGAGGUUGUUUCAGGAAUCCUUGUGUUGCUAGGCUUUGUAUUUGGUGAUAGGGAUUCUGACUAACAUAAAGUUUUGAGAGCAGAUUUUUUCUUUAAUUAUUGUUUACAGAGACAAAGUCAUUUCUCAAAAUUCUCUUGGCUUGCCCUACAAAUACCAGUUACUGUAGAGAAUUGCUUUAGUAGAGCUAUUCCAGCUUUCUUUGCUUCCAGUUAGCUUGUUUAUUCUGAGAGUAUAGUUGUGCGGAAAUGAUGUUGAAAUGAUAUACAGCCUGUAAAAUUUCAUUCCUUGUUAUUGCAUGUACUACUACGUUUGAAAUACUAAAGGAAAGAAAAAUACACGUGAUCAUAGAACAUGGGGCAGUUGUAAUGGAAUAGAUUAGUUGCAAGAGCUAAGAGGCAUUUAUUGAAAUCUCUUUUGAGCUUAACUUAACAGCAGGAUUUUCUAGGGCAUGUUCUGCCUCCGUGCUUACAAUUCUUUGAAAGCAUGCUUAGAAAACAGAAGUUUUUAAUUGUCAUCUCGUUGGCCUGAUAUUCUAGGUGGGUUCAUUUCCUUUGUAGGGGUGUGAGCAGCUUCUGAAAUCUUACAGCUAUUGAAUGUACCCAAGGCUUGGAAGUAAGUUAAUUGUGAUUAUAAACAGCUUUUACUUUUUAGAACACUAAACUUUUAUCCACAGUAAAAGAAUAAAUGUAGUCUGGUUUUGGCCAAGUUUAUCUCCCUUUAUGUAUUUCCUGUUACUUUGAAGGGUGAAAAGGUUCUCAUGUGGAACUAUCCUAGGGAGCUGAGCCUACCUUGGAGAUUUGCCAUGUCCUUAUUUCUUCACAAUGUCGGUGAAACAUAAUUGCUUUUUUUCUUUCAUUCUUGCAAUACCCUCUUCUAAGGACCCGGUGGGGCAGUGGGAGACAUCAGACUUUUUAAUUUCUCGUUGUUUUCAUUGUGUUUGUUGUUAUCUUCCAUUUCUUUCUGUAUUACUGAAAAGCUGAAGAAUCAAAGAAGUGCUGGUGGGGCUGAGCCAGGAGUGAAAUAGGUGCACUGUUUUUUUUCCUGUAAAAAGUUGGUUCUAAAACUUCAAACCUGUAUUUUUCAUCACAGCUGAGUGUCCUUAGGUCUCUUCCCCACUUCCUUCAUCUUCUGUGGCAUAAAAUCUAGAAUGGUUGUACGUGGGACAGCAUAGAUGCUUUCUCUAGAGGUGUGUGCUGCAUCUCUUAUUGGAGCUGCUUACUAUGUAGUUUGGUGUGGGCUUGAGCUCGUCGUGUCAGUGCAAUACCGAAGUACAGUAAAUGACUGGGGUUAGUGAAAGCCUUUUUGUUCUUGUUAUUUUUGUUAAGGUACCCAUCCACGUCUUUAAGUGUGUUUUUAAAUGUCUAAAUGCUUGGAAAAGCCUUAUCAGAAACUCGGUCAAAGGUGGGAAAAGAUAGCCUUAAUUAAAUGUAGGACUCUAAGGGAAUCAGAGUAAAGGUUCAUAGACCUUCAUGUUAGCCCUUUUUCACUUAUGUGCACAUUUGGUGUUUCAGGGUCCAUUAGGUUUUUUAAUUCACCGCAGUUUAUCAAAAGUUGAGAGACAAUGUUGUUUGGCAGUUCUGUAGCAAGAAAGGAAGCAUCUUUUGUUAUUGACAUCCUUUCUCUUAGCUCUGCUCUUGCUUUUUGCCAGCUGCUCAUUGUCUAUACUUGCUUAUUUAGUAUUCACAAGAGAUUUUACAAGUUCUUAUCAGCUCUUUGCCACAGGACAUCAUUUCCUCUUGUCAUCGUUACUCCUUAAUUUGGGAGGGGGGAUGGUGUGUGAAGGGUUUACAGGAGAGCUGGUGAGUGGCAAAAACACCAUUCAUGAAUCUGCUUGGGGUGCACAGCCUUGUUUUGUUUCUUCUCUCCUUUUUAAGGCACUUCGUAGCAAAGGUCACAUAUCCAGUGCUUGCUCUGCCGUGCUCCCCCUGCUCUUUUCUGGGGAAAGGAAAACAAUUUUUUUUUUUUUUUUGCCAAAAGCUAAAAAUAUCCAGUGCUUCAAAUAUUCUUCUUAGAAGAUAUAAGGAAGUGCAGCAUAAAAAUAGCCGUAGCUGAAAAGAUUGGCCGCAUUUCUGAAUGGCUCGUAAGGGAUUGAUUUGGAGGACUUUAUGCUCUUUAAAAAUGAUGGAGUAUCUAAUUUGAGCUCAAGAAUUUGAGCUAUAGUGUUUUCUCCUUUUCAGAAAUAAAGACCUAUUUGUAAGGCUGAUUACUUCCCUGGAGCAAUGUCUGUGGAUCCUGCUGCUUCCACCACGACUUCUGCUUGUUUCUGAUAGCAGAAGUAUCUUUGUAUCUUCAGGUGAAGCACUGUGAGAUAAGACAAAUCUUAAAGCAUAUUUCCCAAGUUUGUUUUCAGCUCCUUCCAGAGUUUCCUUCUGAAGAAGUGUUUGGACAUUAAUGUUGACAGAAGCCAUGCUGUCUCUUCGAUCCUCUAAAUGUCUCUUUUCUCACCUAUUAGAGAUGAAUAGAUGGGAACUCUGGUAAUGUUUUCCUAUAUUCAGCUUUAGGCAGAGAUUCGAUUCUAGUAGGCUAGGAGGUUUGUUACGACAACUAGAGUUGAAAUGAGCAUUCUUUUAAUAUUAUCUUUUUUUUGUUCUACCUUAUUAUUUACUUGUUUACUAAUUGCUUGUUUACUCGUCUUCUUGAUAGAGCUAAAUUGGAAGAGUUGAUUGUUAUUUUUGAUGUGAAGACUUCAUCACUGACGUCUGUAUGUUUAUUUGUCAGCAUCCAAGAAGUAAUACAGCUCAUCAGUGGCAAUAACUGCUUUUGGUAUACACUGACAUUUAUUUGAAAACAAGAAUUAACAAAAAAAGACAGGCAAAACCCAACAAGUCUUUUGAAGACGUGUGUCAAAUGACGUCAAUGGCCAGUUUGUUCUCCUUUACUAGCCCAGCUGUAAAGCGUCUGUUGGGCUGGAAACAAGGAGAUGAAGAGGAAAAAUGGGCAGAAAAAGCUGUUGAUGCUUUGGUCAAAAAGCUGAAAAAAAAAGGUGCUAUGGAAGAACUGGAGAAAGCUUUGAGCAGUCCAGGACAGCCCAGCAAGUGUGUUACCAUCCCUCGUUCUUUAGAUGGACGACUUCAGGUUUCUCACAGAAAAGGCCUUCCCCAUGUAAUUUACUGUCGUGUCUGGCGUUGGCCUGAUCUACAAAGCCAUCAUGAGCUGAAGCCUUUGGAUAUUUGUGAGUUUCCUUUUGGAUCUAAACAGAAGGAAGUCUGCAUCAAUCCUUACCACUAUAAGAGGGUGGAGAGCCCAGUUCUACCUCCAGUGUUAGUGCCUAGACACAGUGAAUUCAAUCCACAGCACAGUCUACUAGUUCAGUUCAGGAACCUAAGCCACAAUGAACCACAUAUGCCGCAUAAUGCGACGUUUCCAGAUUCCUUCCAGCAACCCAACAGCACUCCAUUUUCCAUUUCACCAAACAGUCCCUAUCCACCUUCUCCAGCCAGCAGCACUUACCCAAGCUCCCCAGCUAGCUCUGGACCAUCUAGUCCAUUUCAGCUACCUGCUGAUACUCCACCUCCUGCAUAUAUGCCCCCUGAUGAUCAAAUGGGGCAAGAUAACUCUCAGUCUAUGGACACAAGCAAUACAAUGAUCCCUCAAAUCAUGCCAAAUAUAUCUACCAGAGAUGUUCAGCCUGUUGCCUAUGAGGAACCCAAACACUGGUGUUCGAUUGUGUAUUACGAAUUGAACAAUCGUGUUGGAGAGGCCUUUCAUGCAUCUUCUACAAGUGUCUUAGUAGAUGGGUUUACAGAUCCCUCCAAUAAUAAAAACAGGUUCUGCUUAGGUUUGCUCUCAAAUGUUAAUCGCAACUCAACCAUUGAGAACACUAGACGACAUAUUGGGAAAGGAGUUCAUCUCUACUAUGUUGGUGGGGAAGUCUAUGCCGAGUGUUUAAGUGACAGCAGCAUAUUUGUACAGAGCAGGAACUGCAACUACCACCACGGCUUUCAUCCAACAACUGUAUGCAAGAUUCCUAGUGGAUGCAGCCUGAAAAUCUUUAACAAUCAGGAGUUUGCUCAGCUUUUAGCUCAGUCUGUCAACCAUGGAUUUGAAGCAGUGUAUGAGCUCACCAAAAUGUGCACCAUUCGAAUGAGUUUUGUAAAGGGGUGGGGAGCUGAGUAUCACCGACAAGAUGUCACGAGCACCCCGUGCUGGAUAGAAAUUCAUCUUCAUGGGCCCCUCCAGUGGCUGGAUAAAGUACUUACACAAAUGGGUUCUCCUCUUAAUCCCAUUUCAUCUGUUUCAUAGUGCUGAAAUUCCAUCUUCAGCCUUAUUUUUAGUGAACUUAUUCUAAUUCUAGAGAAACUUCCAGCGUGGAUACUGUGAGCUAUAUGGAGAAUGGAUCUUAUGGUUUUACUUUCUUUUUUUUUAAAUCCCUUUGUGACCAAUUCCAUUGUGUAUAGCUGAGCAGUUUUACAUUUCAAUUUGUUCUUGUGAUGCUUAAGUGACAGUUGAGCCCUAAGGGAAAAAAAGAAAAAAAAAAAAAAUAUCUAUUGGAAAAAUUCAGAACACUUUUCCCCUCCUUGGAGUAGAACUUAAACAGGCAUAUGUCUUAACUGGAAAUUAUUUUUUGUCCUGUAGGGACAGAAUGAUGAAGACUGACUUCAGAAAAUAAAUACAUAUCAUAGUUUGUUUUUUUUUUAAUGUUUAUAAAAACGUUUGAACAUGUGCAGCUCCAGCUUGCAAGCUGUAUUUUUAGUGUAGUUGCUUAACAAAUUAAGUUUGACAUCUGUCAUAAAGAAAAUUAGGCUUUCUUAUGGCUAAUUUGCCUAAUUGAACAAUGUGACUUUUUUAAAAUGUACACAUGAAAUAUACUUUUUACAAAUGUCGGAGUGGUGUAAAAACACUUUGUCUAUUGGAAAAUGCUGUCAUAAACACAUUGUAUAUGAAUGCAGAAUAGCAGUUCUUAGUCUUUUCCCACUUCAGUUUUGUACUAUUGCUUUUAACCACCAUUUUAAAUAGUAACUGAUACAAGGUAAACAUCUUGCACGUUUCUGGAGUAGUAAUUUUUGUUUUUCUUUGACUUACACUCAUGCCAUUUGGAUAUGGUUGCCAAGGCCUAUUUCUUUUUAGGUACCCUUUUCUAUUUUAACAUAAACACUAGUAUUUGUAAAUGGCAGUGCCUCGCUACUUUUUCGAAGGAGUAAGUUUUUUUUUAUUUUCUUUUUUGGUGUUUUAGCUGUUUAUUUUGCCUGUCUGGAAUUGAUCUGUGUUAAGCCUUUUAAUCUCUCAGUAGACAUUAUGCAGUAUUAGUGAUUACACUGUAUUUAAUUCACUUUCAGUAUGAGUUUGAGUCUCUUUGAAGACUGCGAGUGGCUUAGCAAAUUAGUAAAUGAACGCAGAAGCUCUUACUUCCAGAUCAUGUAAUUUAAUACAGGCCUGUUGUGAAUGACCAAAAGUAAUCACUUCUUUUGUAGACUACGUGAAACAGUGAUUUUUGAGCCUGUUCUUAGCAACAGGUGUUCGGUCAGAAUACUUGUAAUUGGUAGCUUUAUGGAAAUCAAGGACUGCAUUAGUAUGAAAUUUAUCUUUUUGUAAGGAAUUAUGUUGCCUCUGCUGUUGUAUUACUCAAACACUGUACUAAACACUAAAAGAAAUCAGCUAAGUAACAUAUGCAUAGUUUUCCCCAGUAAAAAUAAAAAGGAUUGAAGGAACAUUCUAAGAGAAUUAGAAGUGAAUUAUACAAAAUCCAUUUGCAUGCAGAAAAAGACCUGUUAUUAAUUUUAACUCCUCCUUUUUCCUGGAUAUCUUUUCAGGACAGGGUGCAGUGUCUGGGGGAGAGACUGAAAUCUCUAAAAUGCAAACACUUAUUAAAAGAUGUGUUGCAGUUAAUUACUGCAAUCCUGAGACAUUGAUUGCUUACACAACUUCUUUUGUCUUCUAUUGAAUGACAGUUUCUGCUCAAAUGUGGAAAUCGUGCAUUAUAUGGUACCUGAGUAAGAGAUCAUCUUAAGAGAAAAAAAUUGUUUACGUGUCAUUAAAAUGUUUCUUAUGAAAUGCCUUAAAGGAAUAAAGAUAAACUGUAACACUUCUGCAGAACCCUCAUGUUCUCUUGUACAGGUAUUUCUAUAGUACUUGGUGAUUUUAUUGUUGGUUUGUUGUUUUUUUUUGUUCUUGUUUUUUUUUUAAAGCAGUUUCUUCAGUGUGUGUUAAAGGGAAUGUGCAUCUUCAGAAGAAGGGAGAAAAACAAUAUUUGCCACUCACUUCUGGGGUCUUCUCUUUCAUUCUUCGAAACAGCAACCCUGUUGACUGAAUAAGAUGCAGAGUCACUCGGCCGCAGGAUCAGGCUUCCCAUUUUCCUCUCCCCGACUUCUAUCAAGUUGCUGAAUGUGUAUAUUUGACACUACAGAUAUUUUGCUUGACGAGCUCUUAAAAUGAAUGUCUUGGCACAUUGGAUCAAAGAAAGAUCUCAGUUGUAGGUACAAGCUUCUGCCUUAUCCAAAAUGUUUUUCACCCGGCUUCACCUCCGUUCGCUUGUUCGGAUGCAGCUGACUAAAGGACUGAAGAAUGGGUGCUGGAAGUAGUGUUUGCAAGUCAGAGCUGCUGUAUUGUGGUUAGAUUGGCUGCCCAUGCAAUGAACCAUAAUUUCUGCAAUACUCUCUAGCUAACCCACUUCUGUUGCUGUCAUUAAGUAUUAAAGUACUCUGGCAUUUC